AUCUCCAGAAGGUGCGCUCACUCCUAAAGAAAGCGCAUGCUUAAAGACCCACAUUUCCAGAACGUGCCCUAAUUGCCCCUCUCACUUUAGCCUUCCUCCGCCGCCGGGAAAGCGCGCAGCGGUCGCUCCAAGUUCACCGGCACCUUCGUCCUUCUCUGAGCCCUUCACCUGAUGGAGAAAACCUACAAUUAGAGAUCCUGAGGUUUAGUUGGUUCUCCACGAUGAGGCCUCACGCCGCUCGCCUCGCCUUCUGGUUCGCCCGCAGGUCUCUUCGAUCGAAGCUCCUCGAUGAAUCUCCAAUCAUCGCUAUUGAGGGCGCGUCUGGCCGGUUGGCUCCCGGGGUAUGCAGCUCGUCUCGGGGAUUUCGGAGUGGAAUUUGUGAUGAAGCUAAAGUUAGGCAUGGCAUUUUUGACGGAGCAUUUCAGAGGCACUUUGUCUCGAGCAGGUCGUUUCAUGGUACACGAUCGGUAUCUGCAAGGGAUUAUUAUGAUGUACUUGGUGUGAGCAAGAAUGCAAGUGCCUCGGAUAUCAAGAAAGCUUACUAUGCACUUGCCAAGAAGCUGCAUCCUGACACUAACAAAGAUGCUGAUGCAGAAAGAAAGUUCCAAGAAGUUCAACGUGCAUAUGAGGUUUUGAAGGAUGAGGAUAAGCGAAGACUAUAUGACCAGGUUGGCCCUGAUGCAUUUGAACAAGCUGCAGCAGGAGGUGGUGCAGGUCCUGGUGGACCAUUUGGAGGUGCUGGAUUUGGAAAUCCAUUUGAAGACGUAUUUGGUGGUGGCAGUAGAUUCAAUGAUUUUUUCAAAAGCAUGUUCGGAGAUAGAGAUUUUGGAGGACAAGAUGUUAAGGUUCCUCUUGAAAUUUCAUUCAUGGAAGCUGUCCAAGGGUGCACCAAGACAGUGACGUUUCAAACUGCUGUAACUUGUGAAGAAUGUGAUGGUGCUGGUUUCCCUCCUGGAACUAAGCCUGAAACCUGUAGGGCCUGCAGAGGUUCUGGAAUGAUUUUCAUGCAAAAUGGCCCCUUCAGGCUGCAGACAACAUGUUCACAGUGUGGAGGAUCAGGAAUUACCGUUAAGAACCUAUGCAAAUCAUGCAAAGGACAAAGAGUUGUGAGCGGUGUAAAGUCGGUCAAGCUGGAUGUGAUGCCUGGAGUGGAUGACGAUGAGACUAUAAAAGUUUAUAGAAGUGGGGGAGCAGAUCCUGAUGGCAAUCAACCUGGUGAUCUUUAUGUUACUAUAAAGGUCAGGGAGGACCCUGUUUUUAGGAGGGAGAAGGCAGACAUUCAUGUUGAUGCUGUCUUAAGUAUCACCCAGGCAAUUUUAGGAGGAACAAUUCAAGUGCCAACUCUCACAGGAGAUGUAGUUCUUAAGGUUAGGCCUGGUACUCAACCUGCUCAGAAGGUUGUCCUGAGGGGGAAAGGAAUAAAGACGAGGAACAGUUCCUACGGGGACCAAUAUGUUCAUUUUAACGUGAACAUACCAGUGAAUUUGACGCAGAGGCAACGUAUGUUGAUCGAGGAGUUUGCAAAAGAGGAGCAACGAGAAGACGAAAAAGGAGCCACAGCUGCAGGCGCAUCGGGAUGAAUUGCCCCCACAGCUUUCAAAACAUGUCGAGGCUAAAAUUACUUUAUAUCUCAAGCUUUAAUAUCAUACGAUACGUAUUUCUAUGGUCCUAUUUAGUAAAACUCCAUCAUAGGAUUUCGUAGUCGAGCUGAUGAUGUAAUUAAUCAGAGACAGCAAUUCCCCGCAGGGCUGAGAUUCUGUGCCUGAUGAAUGCAUCAUCGUGAAUGAAAUCGAAGCUCAAAGUUUUAUUUGA